CCUCCUCCCUCCUCCUUUCCCUUUAUCACUCCCGAUGCCUCCGCUUCUCUCUUCUCCUUCGUUAUCUUCUCAGCACAACACCACCACCGAAAUAAAAAUUCCCCAAAAAAGUAUUUUUUUUAUAUGAACAACUGUGUACCGAAACCUCUCCCAACUCUCUCGAAUCUCGUUCUCCAAACUCAAAUUAUAUUUUACCAAACAGAAACUUAUCAUCUCAACACAUAAAUACUAUUAUUAUUAAUAAUAUUACGUUUUGUUCGUCUAUAAUUUAUGCCAAUGGCUCAUGACAGUUCUGAUCGAUUGCCCUCUACUGACUCAGCCGAGGUGUUCAACGUUCUGGUUCUGGAUCGCAACAACCACCUUGCUAAUCCGAAUGCUUUGACUAAUAAGGAUUUGGUUACCGUUGGUUCCUUGCAGGAUGGUUCACAUCAGUCUGGAUUCGUGCAAUCUGUGGUUGACUCUAAGACAACCUAUUUGUCCAAUGCCUAUUCUCCUGACGCACAGUUCUAUCAAGAAGCUCACAAGCAGGGUUCAUUGCUUCCAUAUGUUAAUGCCAAGGGUUUGGACAAUGGUUUUCAUGACAUCUAUAAUGAAAAUGAAUCUCUUGGAUUUCAUGGUUUUGGGCAUACCCCACAAAUGUCACAAAGAGCUCAUACUCCGGUUUCAUCUGAUCUGCCUCCUAUUGGAGAUCCUAGCUGUCUGUCCAAUUCAAGGCAUUUUGUCACCUUAGAUUCAUCUUAUCAUCAUCCAUCAGUUCCCCGAAAUAGUCCACAUGUUACUUCGAAGGCCCAAAUUUCUCAUUUUGAGUUUCCUGUAAAUAUUGAGCAACAAGUGGAUGGAAAAAGAUUUGGGCUGAGACCCUAUUACCUUCCUCAAUUAGGAUCAUUUGGUGGAGAAAGCAACUUAUUUGGAAGCUCAAGCAGUCUUUGCUCCUCAUAUCAAGGGUCUGAUCGGUUUGCGGUUGGUGGAUUCUGCCCAGACAUGUCAAAGCCUUUUAAUGGGAAGAGUUCUUUGUUUCAUCCAUCAUAUCCAACAGCUUCUCCAAAACGAGUUGGUUCACUAGAGAUUUCUUCAAACGACCUUGCAAUGUUAAGUCAUAUGCAGGCUUUUUUUCAAAAAGGAUCAUUUAAUGGGCUUGGUUCUUGUUCUGGCUUCAACUCGAGAGGCUACAGUGGUAACCAAAGUGAUCAAAGUGCUUGUCAUGGCAUAGUUUCCACUUCUAGUUUAGGAAUAAGUGGUCAUAACUGGCCUACACUUGAUGAAGCAAGACAAGGAGGGAGCUGCAACGACUUCUCAUGCAGUUGUACUGUAACACUUGAUACACUAAGUGAGCGUAACAGGGGACCUAGAGCAUUUAAGCCUAAAACUCAUAUAACUACCAAGGGUUAUAUUGUUGAUAGCUGCAAGAAUGGAACAGCUAAUGACAUUACCAAUGGAUUGUACAACCGACAGAAUUUUGCCACUGAUUAUGAGGGUGCCAAGUUCUUUGUAAUCAAGUCUUAUAGUGAAGAUAAUGUUCACAAGAGUAUAAAGUACGGUGUCUGGGCAAGCACCCCGAUGGGCAACAAAAAAUUGGAUACUGCUUAUCAUGAGGCAAAAGCUAAACAAGGAACAUGGCCUGUCUUUCUCUUAUUUUCGGUGAAUGCAAGUGCUCAGUUUUGUGGAGUAGCUGAGAUGGUGGGACCUGUUGACUUCGAUAAAAGUGUGGAUUAUUGGCUUCAGAAUAAGUGGUCUGGGCAAUUCCCUGUAAAGUGGCACAUUAUUAAAGAUGUUCCCAAUAGUCAGUUCCGCCACAUUCUGCUUGAAAGUAAUGACAACAAGCCAGUUACUAACAGUAGAGAUACUCAAGAGGUUGAAUUCGAACAGGGUAUUGAGACGAUAAACAUUUUCAAAAACUAUGAAGGUCGUUCUUCCAUCCUAGAUGAUUUCUAUUUCUAUGAAGAGCGACAGAAAGCAAUGCAGGAAAGGAAGGCCAGGCAGCUAACUACCCUAGUGGUUUCUGGCGAUUUAGUUCGCGAUGCACCGAACCUCGUCUCACUCCCUAAUGAUUUCGUAAAGAAAAUGUCCAAGAGCUUUGCCGAAGUUCUUUUGUUAAACGAGAACGAGAAAGCAGGCGGAGCAGCAGCUAAAAAGGUGCUAUCUGCUGCUUGUGGAGGCCAUGGUAGAUAGCUGCAACCACAAAUUCGGCCAACAACAAAACGAAUAUUAUCGGCUAAAAAGGUUCUUUAAUAUUUCUCUGUCCCGCUAUAACUCCCUUUAUGGAUUUUAUUUGUUUAGAUUAGAAAGACAUAUUAUGAAGAAGUCCAUAAGAUAGACUCGGGUUCAUAACUAAAUACCGUAUGCAUGCAAUAUAUAUACAAUAUGUAUACCGC